GGAGAGUUCGUAUCUAUGGAGACCAUAUCAAAUAAAAUGUCCGAUGAUAUUUGAUCAAUAAAUGUAGAUACGUGAAAGAAAAGUUCUGUUGAAAGAAAAGUAGGUUUUAAUAAAAUGAGCGGAGAAACACUUUACGAGAGACCUAGGAUCUACGCCGUCUCGAAGAUGAGGGUCCAUGACUAUCUUUAUGAUUCGUCGUUCAUAGUGUCGGGCGCACGUGACUAUGCCAGGACUGCAUUCAAAGCUGCCAUGGCUUCUGCACAACUGACCAUUCAGCCUGUGUACCACACUAUGUUCUCCGAGCUGCGCAAAUGCCCGCGCAUGAGAGUUGUUUACUACCCGAACUGCCGGCUGCCAGAGCACAUGGACCGCACCUAUAGCGGGUACGUGGAGCGAGUUCGGGGGAGCCGCGGUGCGCCUGCGCCGCAACUGCUAGGGAAGGACCGGUUCAAAUUCAGCGCCAUACCCAAGAAGGUCCUGGCGGUGCCGACCUCUGUGCCGGAGUUCAACCCGCCCACGCCGGUGAGCUGGCCGACGGAGCCGACCAAACCGAAGAAUAGAAGCACGCAGAGCAUGUUCAGGGAGUCUUCCGCACAGACGACGCCGUGGCAGCCGGAGGGGAAACCCGCGGAGGAGUGCAACAACACUCCCGAGGUGCUGCAUCUCGACUGCCUCAAAUGGGGGCCCGGCCGUCCGUACCGUCAAGGUGACCUGCCAGCCGACUUCCACACUACGGAGAUCAUCAACAAGUUACGGCACGCUCGUAUGUGGUCGGAAGUGGUGGAGAAGGGGACCUUCCCGCGCUGGAUGAAGAAACGGGAUGCCAUCAUCAGCGACGUGGAGACCAAGGACUGGAUCUUCAGGGAGGCGGAGAUAGACGAGCUGCAGGAGAUCCGCCUGGAACUCCUGCACAGUCUACAGUCACAGCAGAGGGAAAAGCAGUCGAACCGCACCAGCAGGAAGCUGGCCAAACUGUGGUCGUGCAAGAAGCAGGAGAUGCAGCGGAAGAUUGACCACAUCAGGCGCACGAGGGACAGGGAGUUGCGCAAGCUGAGCGCGCUCCACAGCGCCGGCGAGGGCGGUGCCGGGGCCCGCUCCAGCGCCGCCGCCGCCGACCCCGCCUCCGAGCUGCACGCGCCGCUCGCGCGCCACGGCUACCAGGCGCGCCGCCGCCACGCCGCCAUACACUACGACCCCGCACUGCUGUCCCUGGAAGACCACGAGCAGAUCUCGAAGCCGCCGGCGUGGGUGACGCGCUGCGGCCGCGAUCUGACGCUGUCGUGCUCCGGCCACCACGUGCCGCGCGACCCCACGCAGCUCUGCGAGCGGGAGACCAAGUGGAGCGAGCAGUUCCUCGAGAACCUUCACAAUGAUCUUAAGAAGGCGCGGCUGGGCGCGGGCGGUGCGGGGGGCGGUGCGGGGGGCGGGGCGCGGCCGCUGCACGUGCUGCGCGCGCGGCGCAGCUCGGCGGCGGCGCGGCGCGCCACGCCCGCGGUGGAGGCCGUGCCCGACGCGGACGAGGCGCCGCACCAGGCCGCGCUCACGCUGCAGCGCCUGCUCCGGGGCCGCGCCGUGCAGACCCUGAUGUACGAGGGACGCACGCGGUCCGCGGAGCUGACGGAAGAGUUGAAGAUGACGCACGGCCUGCAGAAGGAGGACAAGAUCCGCAUCGCGCGCGAGGAGGCCAAGGCGAGGGAGUACAACGCCAUGAGGACGGAGGCUGAGCAGAAGGAGGACGCGAUCACGGCGCUGGUGGAGGAAUUGUGCGGUGGCGCGGUGUCCGCCGCGCUGCACUUCCUCGAGAAGGAACUGCGCAGGCUCAAGGAGGAGAGGCGGCAGCACGCCUUCAUACUGAUCGCGCUGAGGGACAAGGCGAUGCGCGAGGCGGCGGAGGCAGGGCGCCGGCAGAAGGAGGAGCAUCGCCGUCGCGAGCACGACGAGAUGUUCAAACAGGUGCUGGGCGUGACCCAGCAGACGGUGGACGCGUACCUGCUGGAGGUGGUGGAGCAGGGCGUGGAGCUCGCCGCCGAAGAGGACGCCGUCAAGGAAGCGCAGGCGCACGCCGACAAUAUAGACCUCACUCUCAAGGAGAACGAAGCUAUGUCGACGGCGGAGCAGAGCGAGGCGGUGGCGGAGCUGGUGCAGCAGUUCCUGUUGCCGCACGCGCACCGCGCCGCCGCGCGGCUCCGCCUGCACGCGCGCCAGCACGCGCGCCUCGCCGCCGCCCGGGGCGCCGUCUUCGGCCUGCUGGACGACGCCGAACAACGGGAAGGAGUUGUAGUGGUGGUUGUGAGGGGGGGAAAGUCUUUUACCUGUAUACAAGAUAAGGGACUGAGUAAUGAGUCGUGUGGUACGCCGCCAUCUGUCCCAGAGUGGUGCCCGCAGUGCGGGGAAGCGCUGGGUGCGGCGUGCCGCUGCGACGGCAGCAGCGCCGUGCCGCGGGAGAAGCCCGCCGCGCGACAGGACCCGCGCUGGACCCUCGCCAGACGCCGGCCGCGCGUCAUAGAGAAGAGCGCGGGCGAGCGGUACCCGCCGACGCACGAGAUGCGAUGCAUGCUCAAUACGCUGGUCGAUGAAGCUGUUGUCGAGGCUCGUAAGCGCCGCGAAGACAGGAACUAUCUGACCAAAGAACUCGAGGACGUACUGCAAGAAGGAACCGAGAAGGUCGUGGAGGCGAUGGGGCUGGUCGAAAUAUUAAUCGACCGUGCUACUGGUGUGACGUCAGUUCCGGUGAAGCAGUCCCGCUACCACCACUACAUGAAGCGCAUCGUGGGAGACGCGCUGGCCAGGAGCGAGCCCUUCAGCCCUGGUCCUUGUCCUAAGGAGUUGCCGUCGGAGCGUCGUCGCCUCCAGGAGGAGCUGGUGCGCGACAAGACGUGUCGGUGUGACGAGCCGCCGCCGCCGCAGUUCAGGGUCAUGUUUGAAGGUGAAGCCGAGGUGGUGAAGGAGGAGAGCGCGGCGCUGCUGCCGUCGGAGCUGCGCGCGCUCGAGGAGCUGAGGCGCUGCAAGUGCGACACCAGCGCCGCGCCGAGCCCCGCGGAUGUUGUUUCGUUUGAAGAUAAGUUGGAUGAAAACCAAACUGAAGUAGAAGACACCAUUCCUGAUGAAACUCCUGAUGAUUAAUGCUGGCAAUACAACAAUGAAUCGGUCAAACUAGGAAUGAUUUUUUCGACUGUUUUAGACGUUUUGUAUAAUAAUAUCAUGAUUUUGAGAAUGUAAUGUUUAAUAAUAAAUUAUUUUUCAUCCUAAA